AUGGCACCCUCGUGGUUUCAACAAAUUUUGGCUCAACCCUUCUCUUUGCUGUUCCUCCUCUGCACAUCCUUGCUAUUACUGCUAAUAGUCAGACUGUACCAGAGGAGGAGAGGGCUCCUCAAAGCCCUGCACCUCUUUCCUGGACCCCCUGCACACUGGUUAUAUGGGCAUAAGCAGUUUUAUCCAAAAAAAGAAUUCGAGAUGCUUGGUGAGCUGAUCACAAAAUACCCCUGUGCUAUGUCCCUCUGGAGCGGACCUUUUAUGGUGUUCUUCCUUAUCUAUGACCCGGAGUAUGCCAAAAUCCUGCUGAGCAGAAAAGAUCCCAAAACUACUCUUGGCCACAAGUUCAUUGAAUCCUGGGUUGGUCAAGGACUGGUGACUCUGAGUGGUCCUAAGUGGCAACAGCACCGCAAGAUUUUGAAGUUUGGCUUCAACAUCAGCAUUCUGAAAAUUUUCAUCACCAUGAUGUCUGAGCAUGUAGAGGUGAUGCUGGACAAGUGGGAGAAGUUCACGGCCCAGGACCCCUAUCUGGAGAUCUCUGAACACAUCUCCAUGAUGACCCUGGACAGCAUCAUGAAGUGUGCCUUCAGCCACAAGGGCAGCAUGCAGAAGGACAGCACCCUCAACUUCUACCUGGAAGCCACGUUCAUCAGCAACCUCACCUUCCAACAUGUGCAUAAUAUUCUGUAUCACAAUGACCUGAUUUUCAAAUUGACUUCUGAAGGCCAAGUCUUUUCUAAAUCUAACCAAGCCGUUCACCAGCACACAGAGAAAAUAAUCCAGGACCGGGAAGAAAUGCUUAAGGGUGAGCCCAAACAAGAUGCUACCCAGAAAAGAUACAAUGACUUUCUGGACAUUCUUUUGAGAGCCAGAAGUGAAAACAGAAAAGACUUUUCUGAAGAAGAUGUCUUGGCUGAAGUGAAAACAUUCAUGUUUGCAGGACAUGACACCACGUCCAGUGCCAUCUCCUGGAUCCUUUACUGCAUGGCAAAGUACCCUGAGCACCAGCAGAGAUGCCGGGACGAAGUCAGGGAACUCCUGGGUGAUGGGUCUUCUGUUACCUGGGAACACCUGAGCCAGAUGCCCUACACCACCAUGUGCAUCAAGGAGUGCCUCCACCUCUACCCACCCAUCACCAGCGUGGCCCGGAAGCUCAGCGAACCCAUCACCUUUCCAGAUGGACGCUCCUUACCUGCAGGAAUGUCCUUGUUUCUCAAUAUUUGGGCUCUUCACCAAAAUCCCGCUGUCUGGGAAGACCCUCAGGUCUUUAAGCCCUUGAGAUUCUCCAAGGAAAAUUCUGAAAAAAGACACUCCUAUGCCUUCCUACCCUUCUCUGCUGGACACAGGAACUGCAUUGGUCAGCAGUUUGCCAUGAUUGAGUGCAAAGUGGCCCUGGCCUUGAUUCUGCUCUGCUUUGAAUUGGCUCCAUACCAUGCCAGGCCUCCCAUAUUCACACGCCAAAUUGUCUUCAAAUCCAAGAAUGGAAUCCAUGUGUUCCUAAAGAAAAUUUGCUAA